AAUCAAAAUUACAUUGAGUUUCAUUUCUGGCAUAGAAUCUUCUCACAGAGGAUGUUGUUUAAGAAGUGCUGCUUCUUUUUGUCGCUGGACAGUGGCUGCUUCAUCAUUGCCCUGUUCUUUUUGAGCUUCCACCUGGGCGAGAUGAUUACCCACUCCAACGAUUGCCUUUUCGUGAAAAAUACAUCCCAAAAGAGCUGGGCAGUCAUCCUGAUGGCGGGAAUCCUAACAAUGGGCAUCAUCUCCUCCGGAUUGCUAAUCUACGGUGCCAAAAGGAAACGUCAAGGACCCGUCCGCUUCUGGCUGACUGUCUUUACAAUUAUUCUGUUUUUGUACAUCAUUUUGUGCAUUAUCGAUAUCAUUGUAGAGAAACCGCCAGCGAGUGCCAUCGUCGUGCAGAUAUUGAUCAUUGUUGCAUUGAUCUACUCGCUAAUGGUGGUCCACUCCUUCUACAAGGCUCUUGGCCGCGCAAGCGACGACGAUCCGUUUAUCCCCUGAUUAGCAUCCUUGUCUGUUCUCCGUUUUACCAACAAAAUAUACGAGUAUAUUUA